AUGGCCACCUCAACCCCGAGCAACACCAGCGAUGACUGGGAGAAACUGAAGAAGCUCAUCUUUGAGAACGACACCUAUCUCGAAAAGCUAUCUGAACAGGAUCUCUUCCUGUUGAUCAUCGGCAAUGACCUCCGUGGGAUCCUUGCGGGGGAGAAGAAUCGGGAGUUUCACUUGCUCCUGACGCUCGGGAGCAAGCAGGAUAGCUUGUCGGAACGGUUCUCAAGCACUUCCAAGGCCGACGAAGAUCUCAUCUCUUCGUUGAAGGGCUCGCUGAGGAAUGGCGACAAGAUUGACGAGGAGAGGUUUCUACUCAAGAUUGACGAGGCCGGAGCCAACCUUCAUCUACACCUCUACAGCCUCCUCCAUCCCGGCAACAAAGAGGGAUACAUGAGUGUUCCGUCGAACCUUUUCGUCUCGGAAAACAAUGCAGUCCAGGAGUCAAGCUUUCUGUCCACAUACGACGUUUUGAAGCCGAUGGACAACCUCCAGUUCGUUUUCUCGUCUUCCCAUGGCACCUCGGAACUCCAAACCAGAGAAUCCGCCGACGUGCUCUUCGCACAGCUUCCGGACGGUACCUGCCCUGACCACCUCAGGACAUGGACGUUCAAGGAAGGAGAGGAUACUAUGAAAGAGGACGAUGCUGCGUAG